AUGGAUAAGUUCUUGGUUAGUUCACCAACACAGCUUUCACAGGGAUUCGACAUUGGGAAUGACACUGGAUUGUUAGAUUUGGAUCAUGGAGAGUUGUUCAAUGACGACCAAAAUAAUACUACUUCUCGGGAGUCUAAUACAGACCACGAUGAUAUUACAUUGCAGGCUGAUAAUGUCGAGUUCUAUGGACUCGACUAUCCAAGCCAGGAAUCAUUGCAUGAUAUAGUACCCAUAUCCAACAACUUGGGAUCGAAUAUUUCCAAUGGGUAUUAUAAUAACAACCAUCGCUUUCAGCAUUCGAAGAAUAUUUCACUUGACGGAGGAAACAUGUAUAGCAAAAUUUCUCAUCAGUCAAAUUUAUCCACUUCAUCUAUGGUAUCUUUGUCACAAGAUGCACCUAGCCAGUAUGAUGCUGACCAUAUAAACCAAUCGGGUUCUAAUAACACAUUGUAUUCGGGGGAUUCUAUACCACAAUUAUCAUCAUCCCUCUCAUAUCAGUCGUUCCUGGAUUCACCAUCCUCCAUAAAGCAUAAUACACACCAAAAACAACAACUGCUGCAUGUUCCACCCCAGAACACACCAAGAAGAAUAGGCCGCAAUAAGUCGAUGUCUGUUUCUUCUUGUAAUAACUAUAAUGCGUUUGCUACUCCAUCAAGAGGUCCAAAUAAUCUCAGCUUAUCUCCUGUAAAUCUUCUUUCUACAGCAAGUAGCAAAGUUGGAAAGACUCCUCAUUCGCUGAAAACUAAAGGUCAUAGUAGAUCUAGAUCUAGAUUAUCAAUCGAUGCGACGAAUAAUUCAUUGCUAGUGAAUAAUCCUUCGACCGGACAAAAAAUAACAACUCCAGCUCAGAAUUCAUCAAAUUACCCCGGGCUUAAUCCUUUCUACACUCCAUCGUAUGUUUCGCCUCACCUUGAUAAGUUAGGCGACUUCGAUGAUUUUGGAACACCCUUGCUUACACCAAGUUCUAGUAAUCAAACGAACCCACAAUGGUACAACCAGGGAAAUUCUUCAUACCAACAAUUCAAUUACUUGAGUCCUGUGGCGAAUAAUUUGAAUUAUCAUUCAAGUAGUGGUACUAGUAGUCAUAAGACCAAUACAUCAUUUACAACCCCUAUGGUAUUAAAAAGAAAUGAUACAUUAGAUUCUAUAAAGAUUGAAGAUCAAGAUGAUGAUGCUUUUAAGCAGUUAGGGAAGGCAAAAUCUUACACUAAUUUUGUAAGUUCUAAAUUUAUGUCUAAUGAAACGAAAAAACCAGGAUUUAUGGAAGAUGAUAGUGGUAAUAAUUAUAGAAUGUUGGAAAAGUCAUUAAUGGACAAACCAGAGAUUGGUGAUAUAAAGAAGGACGAUGAUAUGUUCUUGAAUGCGGCCGAUUUAUCAUUGAAACUUGCCUCACAAUUGGUGUCUAAUCCAAAUGGUGAAGUUCCCGAUACUAUUGUGUCUUCAAAUUCAACUCCUGGAGCCAUGACUUCACAUAAUUCUCCAUCACGCUCAUAUAGUGUAUUGUCCAACAAUGUUCCUCCGGCGACGUCAUUUUCGGUUCCUUCUACAGCUGGAGCUUCAACAAGUGACUUUGAAUUAAAAUAUUCAAAUCAUCAGUACAAGGCACCGAGUAUUGAUUUGUUACUGCCACAAUUUAAUUCUAAUCAUUUAACAGAUGAAAAAUUAAUUAAAAAUAAUCCAAGAGCAAACCAUUCACAAAACACUUCUUUUACAAAAUCAUAUCCAGCGUCAAUUGACUUGGCUUCUAUAGCCACUUCUCCAAUGAAUUCAAAUAGUGUUCAAAACAUUUCCACUAUUAGUUCUGCAUCUCCUAAUAAUACAACCAACGGUUUACCUGCAAUGGCUACAUUUUCAGUUUCCUCGGGCCAAUCUGCACAUGCAACACCUGAAACAUUUAUACCAUCUCCACAGGACUUAAAACUUCCUAUUAAGGUGUCUGACAAGACAGAUGUGAUUGAUCCUAAAAAGAAGCAUUCAUGUCCACUUUGUCAAGCUAGAUUCCAGAGACCAGAACACGUCAAAAGGCAUUUGAAAAGUCAUUCUUCAGAGAAGCCUUAUGAAUGUGAUGAACCAAACUGUGGAAAGAGAUUCAAUAGAAAAGACAAUUUAAAAGCUCACCUAAAGAAAAUUCAUCAUAGAAAAUUAUGA